AGUUCAAAAUAAAUAACGAAGUAAUCGGAGUACGAUUUCCAUAACCGACCAGAAAUUUUCUUAUCCUGUCGCAGUUUGUAGCCUGCUUAAGGAUGGCAUCUGACGUAACUGUGGAUAUGAAAGAAGGGGAAAAUCCAUUAAUAUGCUCAGAGAAAAGACUCACAAAGGUACAGCAAGCAAAACUGGAGGCACUUGCUGCCUUUGGCAACUGUACAUUUGAUUCCUUGGUUGUUAAAAGGGAAAGCUUCAAGUCAAAACUCAAUUCAACUGCAAAGGCUGCUGCCACAAGAAAAGAAAAUGUGAAGAGGCUUACUCGAAUGGAAAAAGCCAGACAGGAAGCCAAUGAAGCAUUCAAGAAUAUUCGUCUCGGCCAGAAACGAAAAAUUAGUGUGCGUGAGAAGAAAACAGAAACACAUGACCCCAUCAAUGCAAAAAGAAAACUCACAAGACUUGAACAAUGUAAACUUGAAGCACAGCAAGCUUUUGGAAAUGUUCCUUUGGGUACACUGGCAGAAAAUGUAGAAAAGAAAGAUGGGCAAAAUAAGAUUCAAAGACACAGAUCAAGUGCAGGAACCAAACACUCAGGACUUGAGAAUAAAGAUACUGCACAGAACAACACUAAAAAAAGCUUUGACAAGAGAUCUUUGGAAAGAAUUAUGAAAGAAAAGCGGAAAUCUAUAAAUAAGGGGAGACAAAAUAGAAGGUCAUCAACUUUGCGAAGAAGGAGUUCAGCCAUGAUGCGAAGACGAAAUUCUGCCAAAAGUAAUAGACUUACCAAGGUCCAAGCCUCACAGUUAGAGGCUCUUCAUAGUUUUGGAGGCCUGAGCCUUGACAAGUUGAGUUCCUCCAACAAGAAGGCCUGUGAAGCUGAAGUAAAGGGUGACCAAGUGGCUGUUGACUGUGAAACUGUUGAGGAAGGGAAAGUUCAAAGUGAGGUAAAUGAACCAAUAGUCAUGGAAACCCAUCAUGAAAGUGAUUCUGGUCAGAAAGAUGGUGAGAUGGAUGUUGAGCCAGCACUAAUUGCAAAUGCUGUAGAUGUCCUGGGAGAGAUGUCUCUGCAAAAAUGUCAUUCUGUUGAUGAAGUAACUCAAGUGACACCCAGUGACUGCAGCAAUACUGAGAUCCAGACUGAGAAGGUCCAAGUGUGUGAAGAUCAUGUGAAAGGUGUUAAGAGUAAGCACCCUAAUUGGGAGGAAAGUCUUCAUGAGGCAUCCCCUCAAGCCAAAAGUAUAAUCACUGAAGCAGCACCCAGGCUCUUGACACGCUUGGAGAGAGCACGAAUAGAAGCACUUCACAGUUUCAAUGGGCAAGCUUUUGACCAUGUGAUAAAGACAUCCACUAGAAAAAUGGCCAGAUACUUGACACCAAUGAAACAUCAGGGAACCAACACAGAGCUCCAGCCAACAAUGAAUACACCCUGUCAGACUGAUGAUUCCUUUAGAAGACACUACCCGCUUCCUAACAAGUCCUUCUACUCCAGCCUCCAGGGCAACAGCUUCCAUGACAGGGACGCACUAUUGGAGAGUAGCAAAAAGGUUGUGCAGACAGCCAGGUCCUUGGAUACACCUUCUCCAGAUCACUCACCUGCAAACUUGUGAUUUUGUAGAUGAACAGGAGAAAUGCCAUAAUUUUAGCGUACUGUUUUGUUUGCUUGUCUGUUUGCAUCCUAAGGAAUAGUUUUAACUAUUAAAACUCAAGUUUUGUUUAUUUGCAUUGAGUUUGGAAAAAAAACUUAUUAGUGUGGUAAGUUAUUAUUACAUUGAAGAUGUUCACAUUUGAGUGUUAUGUUGGUGUUCAUGUUUGCAAAGAGAUGCUGUUCACUGGGCCAGCAAGUUCUGACAACUAAUUCCUAAUAAAAAGUGAUUUGUGACUGCAG